UUAAUGAUAUUUAAAUGUGUUUAAAUAAGAAACCAACCAAAUCCUUAAAAAAAUCACUUUCCAGAUACACUUUCACCGUAACUAUAGCAAUGUCGAUGUUUGUAAAUGGCUUCCAGUAAGAAAACCGAUGAGAGUCAGUGUGGACGUUGGCGUAAAACUAUAAGAGAAUAACAAUGUUCAAGCUACAAAGCUGCAGCAGUUCGUCUUCAAGAAGAGAAGAAAGGCGUUCAACACCCGAUAUUUUGAUAUCUGAUACUGAUGAACGUUUUUUUCAGUCUCUGUAUGAGUUUAUUGAACACGAGAAACGGUACCUACGGUGUCCAGAAGAGGGUCCGAGCGAGCAGCGGCACAGUAUCUACUGCUCUGUGUUUAAUAAGGUGAUAUCACGAGCCACGGCCUAUAAGAGACUUCUGUUGACCAUAAAAGCGGAGUAUGAUGAUGCCAUCAGGGAGCUGAAGAGGAGGGAGGAUGAAGCCAGGAUGACACAACGAACCCUGGCGGCCUUAACAUCAAAUCUAAAAUCACUAACAUCCUGCCAGAGACGAGCCGCCCAGCUGAGGGACCGCGUUUCUGCCCUUCACAGGGAAACAGCAGAACUUCAGGAGGAGCUCAAGACACAGAGAUUAUCUGUGGAGCAGAGCACAUGGAUCCCUGGUCUGACAGUGGCUGAGUCUUUGGACCCCGAGGCUCUGGAUGGGCAUCUGAAGCAUCUUGAGGCCCAGAGAUCUGCUUUGCUAGACAGGAAGCGUCACUGUGUCUCUCUGGAGGUUAAAGCUGAGCUAGACGACAUGCUGCAGGCCACUGCGCACCACAGAGACCAGCUGAGCACCGAGAACAACCGACUGAAAGUCCUCUACAAGCGUCUGAGGCUUGUGUGUGACCGUCUGUCCAGCUGGGAGGAAGAGGGGGCGCAGGCUCCUCUGGAGGAGCUCCUGUGUGCCACGUUGGAGAGCAUCAGACAGAGCAAGGUGACAGAAGAUACCAGCUGCAGCAUCGAUGCCGAGCUGUUUGGGGGCGAAGAGCCAACCGGAGUAGACGAGUUCAGACUCCUGACAGAUUCCCUGGACAGGUUUAUUGAGCUCUUUGAUUCAGCUCAGUAUGAGGACGCUGCUCUACUCGCUGCCAGAUCCCCUCGAGGAGUCCUGAGGAACCUGGACACCAUGCAGAUGUUUACAGGUGUGAAGGGCCCCCCAGGGUCAGUCCCCCCUGUCCUCCUCUUCUUUCAGGCCCUGCUGAUCACCGCCCCGGCCGGUGAUGAGCUGUCUGCUCUGCUCUCCCUGCAGGCUGUUCGCUUUGCCCUGCAGCACGGUGCCUCGCAGCUUGUCACCCACGCCGUCACCCAGAAGAAACUGAACUUCUCUGAGGACCUGGGCGACAUCCUGACUGAGCAUGCUCAGAAGAACCCUGGUGUGACUGACCUGUGUCUGGCAUUGGCUACCAUCGUCUAUGAGGCCUGCGGGCUGGACAGGAAGACCGCGCUGAGCAUGUGCAAGAGAGGCCUGAUCCACAGCGCCAUCGAGUUCAUGAACCACUGCAAGAACCUCACAGCUGAGGACUGCGUGUGGAUUCUGUAUCGCUCGCCCAGCCUGUCCCUCCUCCAGCUGUUGACAGAGCCUCAGCGGGGCCAGGCGGCCAUCUUGUCAGCGGGCAUAGCCUGUUCCACUCUGCUGACUGAUCCUCGGCAGCAGCAGUUUGCUCUGCAGCUCCUGGACAGCUUCGUCAGCCGCGGACGAGGUGUGUCUCAGAUGUGCACUGAUUGUCUGCACAGCCAGCUGUCAGCAGCUGUGUUUAUGUGCUAAUCAAAGGCGAAGCGUGAGCAACACAUGUAGCAGAGCAGCAGCAGUGGAGGUGUUCAGGCACAGGACUGAGUGUAGGUCACCCGCUCAGCGCCUGACCAUUGUGGACGCCUCCUGACUCUCGCUGACUGCAGCGGCACUGGCCAAAUCCUGUAUUUUCAGGCACUCAGUGCUUCGCUGUCAGUCAGUGGGGUAAUGUCAGUGGCCCUCCCUCUCAGCACGCCUCUGUUUCUGCAUCUGAACGCUCCAGAUCAUACAAGCUCGCCUCCAGAAUCCAUCACAGCAACACUUUCUUCUCGUGUAUCAGGCAUAUAUUCACACUUAUCGUAUUGAUCAGACUGUCUCCCAGAAUUUAUGAAUUUAUCAAAGCACUUUGGUCCAAAGUCAGGAGAUAUGUAGCGCAGCAAAGCGUGAACAGAAUUGCCAGCCUUUUGCUG